CUGAAUGCUUGCUUAUCGGCUGGGAGACUUAAAGAGACAGCAAGACCUAGCGAGGGAGAAGAGAUAAAAUCUCGUAAAUACAUGACCAUGUUGAUACAUCCACUUUGAAAAUACACGUUGACAGGUAAAAUACGUUUCUUUGAUGAUACAUGGUUAAGUGGGAGAGCUUUUUCCGAAGGCAAUCGCAUUUAGCCGUAAAUUAACGACCUAGCUGCAAACUGGAUUUAUGUUGUGGGGAUUAAGGAGUUGCCCACUGAUAUGUUUGGGAAUUGAAAACAAACGCAGCUAAUUUAGAUAUCCAACUUAACAGAACUCUACUGCAGUAUCUCAUCAUUGUUGACUCUGCCUCCACCAUUGCCUCUUCCGCCGUGGCACUGGAACAUGAAGAAUGUCUGCUGUAUUACCAAAGACUGACCAGAAGGAUGCAAUGAGGGGCUCCGGGGAAAGUUGCCAAGCUGCGUUGUGGAUCCAGUAGCUGGGAUUCAGAGUGCUUGUUGUGUUUGUGUUUGUGUGUGCGUGGGUGCAUGCUAGCACAACCUGCUCACUUCAGGCUGGGACAUGCUACUCUGAGACUGGAGUUGGACAAACAGAGAAGAAAGGAGUCGACCACCAUAAACAAGAAGGGGAGAGCACGCGGUACAACAUUGGCAGAUAGACAUACUGUGUGUUUUGGUUGCAGUUUUACCCCUGUGGAAGUGGCUUUUAAUACACUGCAUAUUUCUAUACAACACCUUUCCUCUGUCUUUGUAUCGCCUUCCCCCUCCCUUAAGAGUCCUGGUUGUUUUGGCCCCUCUGUGAUUUGCAUGGCCGGAGAGUAAUCGUGGAGAGGCCAGGGUAUCACAAGCUUAUGGAUUUUGACAAGAAGGGGAGUAAAGGAGAGACAGAGGAAGGGAAAAAGAUGUCUAAGGCAGCUGGCAGCAGGACUGGACAUGGGGGCCGGGGUACAGGGACCAAUUCUGGGGUUCUUAUGGUUGGCCCAAACUUCCGUGUCGGAAAAAAGAUUGGCUGUGGCAAUUUUGGAGAGCUGCGGCUGGGGAAGAACCUCUACACCAACGAAUAUGUGGCCAUCAAAUUGGAACCGAUAAAGUCCCGGGCUCCACAGCUUCACUUGGAAUAUAGAUUUUAUAAACAGUUGGGAAGUUCAGAGGGUAUUCCUCAGGUGUACUACUUUGGGCCAUGUGGGAAGUACAAUGCUAUGGUGCUGGAGCUGCUGGGGCCCAGCCUGGAAGACCUGUUUGAUCUCUGUGACCGCACCUUCUCCCUCAAGACCGUCCUCAUGAUAGCCAUACAGCUGAUAACGCGGAUGGAGUUUGUCCACACAAAGAGCUUGAUAUACAGAGACGUGAAGCCAGAGAACUUUUUGGUGGGGCGGCCGGGCAGCAAGAGGCAGCACACAAUCCACAUCAUCGACUUUGGGCUGGCCAAAGAAUACAUCGACCCCGAGACCAAAAAACACAUCCCGUACCGGGAGCACAAGAGCCUGACAGGCACGGCGCGCUACAUGAGCAUCAACACACACCUGGGGAAAGAGCAAAGCAGACGGGAUGAUCUGGAGGCUCUGGGUCACAUGUUUAUGUACUUCCUGCGAGGCAGCCUUCCCUGGCAAGGCCUGAAGGCAGACACUUUGAAGGAGAGGUAUCAGAAGAUUGGAGAUACCAAGCGAGCUACUCCAAUUGAAGUGCUUUGUGAAAGCUUCCCGGAAGAGAUGGCCACCUAUCUGCGUUACGUGAGGAGGCUGGACUUCUUUGAGAAACCUGAUUACGACUACUUACGGAAACUCUUCACUGACCUCUUCGAUAGGAACGGCUAUGUCUUUGAUUAUGAAUACGACUGGGUCGGCAAGCCACUUCCUACACCGAUAGGCCCCAUCCCCAGUGACACACCCGCUCAGCCCAGCAGAGACAAAGCACAACAGCAGACCAAAAACCAGGUUAUGAGCUCGACAAAUGGAGAGCUGAACACUGACGACCCGACGGCAGGACACUCCAACGCUCCCAUUACUGCUCCCACGGAGGUGGAGGUGGCUGAUGAUACAAAGUGCUGUUGUUUCUUCAAAAGGAGAAAGAGGAAACCCCUCCAGCGGCACAAGUGAAGAGAAGAACUUGAAACAUUCUGGUCACUGUCAAGUUUUAAAUGGAAGCAACUACACAGAUCACCCAUCUUAUCUCUUUCCCAAUCUCUCUUUCUUUCUCUCUUCUCUCUCUCAGCACUCCCCUGCUACAGACGUGUAAAGGAAUGUUGUCUUACAGACUCUGGCUCCUUUAAAAAAAGAAAAGAAACAUUUUAAAGUACCUGCAUAGUAAAGGGAGAUUGAGAGAACGUUAAAAGCUGUAAAAAUGAAACGUGAAUACCGUGACGUGAAUAUAUAAAAAAAGAUACUGUUUGAAACAGUUGUUGUAUUUUAGAUUCCAUACAGAACAUUUUCUGUUCAACAGCCAUUGAUCUGAGGAAACUGUCAAUGAGUCGAGUGAAAGAAAUCUGUUCCAUAGAAAUAGUCCUUUAUUUAUGGGAUCAAGGUAAGAAGCAAGAAUGAACAAUACUAACUCUGGAAUCACUGAGCGCAACAGGAAGCAUUUCAUCUAAACCAGAAUUGGAGGAUCUUUAUGCAUUUGAUUUUUUUUCAUUUUUUUGUAAUUUAAUCCUCAGUAGUUUUCAAAGUUGACUUCCUGGAUUGAAAACAAACUUUUACUUUUAUGUUGUAGUGUUUCUGGAAAUCUUUGUAGCACAGUCACUGGCCUCAGGUACUGUGGAAGAUUGAAAGAAACAGAUAUUAAGCUCUUUUCUUAUUAUUGCACUUUUCAAAGAAAACAAAAGUACAGCGGAAUACUAGGUUUGAAAUUAACAAACAACAAAAUAAAGACUGAUCUAGGAAUAGUCCUAUACAAUGCUUAAAUCUGAGUAAGGGCCGAAAUGUCAAUCUACAUGAAACAAGAUGUCUUUCAGUUUUAUUUCUUACAUCAGAAUCAUUUACCAGGAAAUCAUAGUUUGUGCCUUUCCAAGUAAAAUGUUUAAAGCUCAA